GUAUAAAUAAUAGAGGGGGGCGAAGGAGAAUGAAUGGAUCGCACGGCUAAGCUCUUACCGUAAUCAGUUAGACUUGUGAUUAAUCCACUUAAUUACUGUAAUUUGCAACUAUAAUGUCGCCGGCGGCAACAGUAGCACUCUGUAACUAUCAUCUCUUCAGCCUUUUCUUCAUCACCUCUUCUUCUUGCUUUCCACUCUUACUAUUAUUCCUUGCUCGCUCCUCGGAAGGGGCAGCCUCCGGCGACGGCGGCGCACUCAGCCAGACUGCGGCGGCGACUGCUAACUUCCGCACUGCUCCGCUCACGUCUCUCCUCCCUCCCACCACGUGCCGCCCACCUUCACCCAAUGCUAAUAAAGGUUUGAGAGGAGGAAGAGCCGCAUCGUUGAAGGUUGUUCACAUGCAUGGGCCCUGCUCACCACUUGACCAGGCCGCUCCGACACUGACCCAGAUUCUCACCCAGGACGAGUUGCGGGUCCACUCAAUUCACGCUCGAGUCAACUCAGACAAGACCAAUCCCCUCCGCGACUCGUUGAAGAAGAAACGCAGCGACCCAGUCGCCCACUCGAAGGCCAAUGUCCCCGCCGCACGCGGCACCGCCCUCGGCAGCGGCAACUACAUCGUCUCCGUCGGCAUCGGCACCCCUAAGAAGAGCCUCUCCCUCGUCUUCGACACCGCAUCGGCACCCCUAAGAAGAUCCUAAAGUGCUACAAUGGCUCGAGGAUAUAUUGAAUAAUGUAGAAACCUUAUGUAAACAAGAAAUUAUCUUUCGAUUUGAAUCUCAAGAAUGUUCAUAUUUUCUUGAACCUACGUGUGUUGAAACCAUUGUAUAAUGAAAUCUUUCAUUUGAC